GAAGCUUCUUCGAUCAUUGAAACGACGCGUACAAUUAUCGUUUAACUCCUCCUUUUUCGAUACGAUACCUUUUGUAUUCUAUUUCGACUUUUUUGAAAGUAGUGAACAGUGAGUGGAAAAAUGGUGUCCGGUAAAAUGACUUGCGUCAAAUACCUGACGUUUCUCUUCAACUUGAUAUUCGCAAUAACAGGAAUUAUAUUCGUUACAGUUGGCACUGUAAUCCUUAUAGUUUACAGUGGUUAUAAUAAUUUUAUGGACAGUUGGUUCUUCGCAGCACCAGUGUUAAUGAUCGUAGUAGGUGCUGUAGUGUUUAUUGUAUCAUUCUUCGGCUGCUGUGGGGCAGUAAAAGAGAACCAUUGCAUGAUAAUAACAUUUUCAGUAUUACUUCUUCUAAUCUUUGCAUUGGAACUUGGUGCUGGUAUCUCUGGAUAUAUGAUGCGAGGUGAAGUUCGGCAAAUGUUAGAAAAUAGAAUGACUAGCACUGUGGAGCAAUAUUCGAGCGAUGCAAAUGUCCGUAGGUCUUGGGAUAUUAUGCAACAUGAUUUGCAAUGUUGUGGAAUGGUUGGUCCAAAUGAUUGGGUUCAUGUAGGCUUCUCAGAUAAUACUGUACCCAAUUCCUGUUGUAAAGAAGUACCAAAAGGAAGUAAAUGCGACUUAAACUCAAUUCAUAUCUAUGAAGAGGGAUGUAUGAACAGUCUUCAAGGUGCUAUUGAGCGUAAUGCAUUGAUUUUGGGUGGUGUAGGCAUUGGCAUUGCUAUUAUUCAGUUAAUUGGAGUAAUCUUUGCAUGUUGUCUGGCACGUUCGAUUCGCCGCGAGUACGAGACUGUGUAAGCAGACAGUUACCUACAAUUUUAAUGCCUAAAAAUUGCACUCAAAUUCAAAAAUGUACUCUCUGUCUUUCGCUGUUACACAUUCAUAUAUCAAUUUCCUUAUCUUCUUCUUUAAGUAACAGAAUAUUGCACAAACUGCACAUUGUAUACUUUAUUUAGCAUACUGCACAAAAAUGGUACGAUAUAAAA